AGGAGAACGUCGCAGGGGAGGAGAACGUCACAGAGGAAGAGAACUCGUCACUGAACAAACUAGAACAUUCAGUGGAUCUUGAACAGUCCAGGAUGUCCAGCGGAGGGUUCACUGAGUCUGGUGGACGGAGGCCUAACUCUGGUCUGGACUCAAGUCUUCUCACUUCUUGGUCUCACUUUGAGUCUGAGCUGCUCUCCUCUGCUGCUUCACCUGGUAACUGAUGACUCACCAGCAGCUCUCUCUCUGAUUGGCUGCUGACUUGGAAGUGAAAGUAAAGAAUGGGACUUUCCACAGAUGCUGCUGCGUUCAGGUGCUGCAGGAAACGCCAGACUCCUCAUGCUAAGUGACCAUUCCAGCUGAGCCUCAGAGGGGAACUCCUGGCUGUACGGAGACGCCUGAAGGCAUCGUGUGGUCUGACUGGUUCCACUGGUUCCACUGGUUCCAGAGAACGAGGGAACUCAAACUGUCUCACUUCAUCAAACGAAAUGUUUUCACCUUAAAUCAGAGAAGAAGAAGAAGAAGAGUCAUGUUUCAGAGCUUCUGUUUCAUCAUCAGUUCAUGAGAGCAGCAGCCUUCUCUACCUGGACACUGAUGGCAUCACACCAUCUCUGCUUUCUCAUUGGCUCGUUGUGUGAAAGAGCUCAGCUGCUGCUGGAGUUUCUGUCAGUCCUCCUCAGACCGGUUCAGGGUUUACAGGGUCUCAGACGGGUUCAGGGUCUCAGUCGGGUUCAGGUCUACAGAGUCUCAGACGGGUUCAGGUCUACAGGGAGCUGAUGAAGAUGAUGAAGAUGAUGGUGGUCCUCGUCCUCUCUGGUGUCCUCUGGGUCUCAGCUGACGUUCUUCAUGAGGACAGUCAUCUUGUUGGCUGUUCAGACUCUGGUGGAGAGGACAUGUACGGUCUGGAUGGUGAAGAGGUUUGGUACGCAGACUUCAAACACAACAAAGGAGUCGAGCCUCAGCCUCCUUUUGUAGAUCCCAUGACCUACCCAGGAGGUUAUGAACAAGCUGUGGCUAAUCUAGAGAUCUGCAAACAGAACCUGAAAGUAGCACGUCAAGCCUACAAGGAGUUCCCACUGGAGAAAGAUCCUCCUUCCAGUCACAUGAUCUACACCAGAGACAAAGUGGAACCAGGACAGAAGAACUCCCUCAUCUGUCAUGUGACUGGUUUCUAUCCUGCUCCUGUGGAGUUCUCCUGGACCAAGAACGAGGAGAACGUCACUGAAGGAAGCAGCACCAACGUUCCCUUCGUCAACAAGGACGGAACCUUCAACCAGUUCUCCACCCUGGAGUUCACCCCACAGCUGGGAGACAUCUACGGCUGUACGGUGAAACAUCUGGCCCUGGACCAGCCACAGACCAAGUUCUAUGAUGUGCAGCAGACUCAGCCCAGCAGUGGUCCUGCGGUCUUCUGUGGAGUCGGUCUGACUGUCGGUCUGCUCGGUGUCGCUGCUGGAACCUUCUUCCUCAUCAAAGGAAACGAGUGCAGCUGAUUGAUUAAUGAUCAACUCGUCUUCAUCAUCUAAUCGACUCGUCUUCAUCAUCUAAUCGUCUCGUCUUCAUCAUCUGAUCGACUCGUCUUCAUCAUCUGAUCGUCUCGUCUUCAUCAUCUUAUCGACUCGUCUUCAUCAUCUGAUCCUCUCGUCUUCAUCAUCUAAUCCAGUUUAAUUAAUGUUAUUUCUGUUUCUCAUCUUAUUGUUGUAUGAAUCUUAGUUAUCAGCGUGCUCUUAUUUUGAAAUAAAGGUAACAUCUGCAGAGAUA